CCUCAGCAGCGAACAAGCAGCUAUGAGUUUAUUCCCCCCAACAUGUCUGAGCUGAGGGUUGUCCUGCUGGGGAACAGCUGGUCUCAGAGGAGAGACGUGGGGAACUUCAUACUGGGAGGGGCCGUGUUCAGCACUGAGGAACCAGACUGCUGUGUGAGGGUCAGCGGGCGGUGCAGGUGGAAAGAAGUCGUUCUGAUCAACACUCCAGAUGUGCUGCAUCCAAACAUCUCUGAGGACAAACUGACAGAGUUGAUAGAAACCUGUGUGAGGCUCUCUGAUCUUGGACCUCACGUGUUCCUGCUGGUUCUACAGCCUGAAGACUUCACUGAGGAGCAAAGACUGAGGCUGCAAACAGUCCUGGAAGACUUUGGUGAUCAGUCAUUUGAACAUUCGUUGAUAUUGAUAUCAACACCCACAGAGGAACAAUUAACUUACACAGAAAAUUACAAGCAGCAUCCAGCAUUGAAGCACCUGGUCACCAUGUGCAGAUACAGAUAUUUAAAACAGAAAGAUGUUGAACUUCAGGAACUGUUGACACGCUUCAGUCAGAUUGUGAGAGAGAACAAGGAAAAGCAUGUGAGCUGUGAUUUAUCUGAAACUGGAGCAGAUGGUUCUCAUCAAACCCUGAAACAUCAGCUGUCAGUGCCUGCAAACAUGGAUCCUGCUCGAGCUGCUGCUCGUGGACUCAGGAUUGUGCUGUUUGGGAAAAACGAGGAAGAAAAGACGACACUUGGAAACUUCAUCACAAAGAAAAAUUCUUUUCAGUUCAGAAAUAUUUCUCCAGCUAAACACUGUGAAGAUGCUCGUGGAGCGUGGAAAGAAAAACCAGUAACAGUGGUGAAAACUCCCGACAUGUUCAGUCUGUCUGUGCAGGGAGUGAGAGAGGAGAUGAAGAGCUGUGUGAGUCUCUGUCCUCCUGGACCAAACGUUCUGCUGCUGUUGGUCAAACCUUCUGAUUUCACUGAGGAGAACAGACAGACUCUGAAGUUCAUCCUGAGUUUGUUUGGAGAAGAUUCCUUUAAACACUCGAUGAUCAUCAGCACGUACAGACAUCAGUGGAAAGAAACAAGCACCUCUGUGAACAAGCUCCUUCAGGACUGUGAUGGAAGACACUACAACAUGUUUACCAAUGAGCACAAAGUGUUAAUGGAGAAGAUUGAAGACAUGCUGCAAGAAAACAAAGAAAGCUUCCUCAUCCUCACUGCAGAGAAGACAAAGCAAGAAAAACAAGAGGACUGGGAGAGAAAAGAAAAAGAGUGGCAGGAAAAUCAGUCCAGGGAAACUGAAAGAAUACGUCAGGAGGAGGAAGAAAAGCAGAAAAAGCUCCAAGAAGCGUUUAAGCAGGAAAGAGAGAAAUAUGAAAUAACAAGAAAAGAAAAUCAAAUCAGACGGGAGCUGGAAGAAAAAGAAUGGAAUAAAUUAGUGGAAAACUACAAGAAACAAAUGGAGGACAUGAGGAAGAAAUAUGAGGAGGAGGCCAGAAAACAAACAGAAGAAUUUAAUAAUUUUACAAUUAAAUAUACGACAGACCUUGAAGUUCUAAAUUCAAAACUGGUGCAACAGCAUGAAGAAGAAAUGCAGCAGAAAGAGGAAGCACACAGAAAAGAGUUUAACCUGUUACAGAAAAGCUGGAACCAGAAAGAAAAGGAACUAAAAGAAGAACUGAUGAGAACACAAACACAACUGCAACAAGGAAUUAAUGAAAAUAAAAAACAGAUAGCAGCUGUAGAUACAGUGGUGAAGAAGAGCAUGAGGGAGGAAGUUUCCAGUGAGGAAACAUCGGUUUCACUGCCAGUUCCUCGUGUCAAACAUUGUGCACGUGAACUCAGGAUAAUGCUGUUUGGAAAAAGUGAAAAAAAGAAAUCAGCCCUGGAAAAGCUCCUCGUUGGGAAAAAAGAGUCUGAAGGUUUUGAAGGAAAGCAAUCUGGUGCUGCCUCUGGAGAGAGGAACAGGAAACCUCCCACAGUUGUAAAAACUCCCGACAUCUUCAGUCUGCCUGUGGAAGUGCUGUUUAUAGUGAUGAAGAGCUGUGUGAGUCUCUGUCCUCCUGGACCAAACGUUCUGCUGCUGUUGGUCAAACCUUCUGAUUUCACUGAAGAGGACAGACAGACUCUGAAUUUGGUCCUGAGCUUGUUUGGUCGAGAUGCUUUUAAUCACUCCAUAGUGAUCCGAACACAUAAUGAGGAAGGGAAUAACUCAGUGGAUAAACUCAUUGAAGAAUCCAAACAAAGGCAGCACUUCGUUAAUUUUGACAGGAAAGACUCCUUCUCAGAUUCCUCAGAGUUGAUGGCAGGAAUGAAUGAGAUGGUGAGUAAAAACUGGGGGAAAUAUCUAACGUUAAAAGAAGAAGCUAAACCCAAUCUGAAGUCCAGUCUGAACCUGGUUCUGUUUGGGAGGAGAGGAGCAGGGAAGACGUCAGCAGCCAAGGCCAUUUUAGGUCAGACUGAGCUUCAUUCAGCCUCCAACUCAUCAGAGUGUGUUAAACAUCAGGGAGAGGUGUGUGGUCGUUGGGUUUCCCUGGUGGAGCUGCCUGCCUUGUAUGGAAAACCUCAGGAGGCAGUGAUGGAGGAAUCACUCAGGUGUAUCUCCCUCUGUGAUCCUGAGGGUGUCCAUGCCUUCAUCCUGGUCCUACCUGUGGCUCCCCUCACUGAUGAAGACAAGGGAGAGUUAGAGACCAUCCAGGAUGCAUUCGGCUCUCGAGUCAAUGACUUCACCAUGAUUCUGUUCACUGUGGACUCAGAUCCUACACAUCCAGCUGCUGGUAACUUUCUAAAGGAAGACAAGGACAUCCAGGAGGUCCGUGAGAGCUGUGGAGGAAGAUCAGUUGUUCUCAACAUCAAGAACAAACAGCAGAUCCCAGAGAUGUUUGAGAUUGUGGAUAAAAUUAGUCAGCCUACAGGACAACUGUGCUGUUAUACAACUACAACAUUUUUACACGCACAAAUGGAGAAAGUCUUAAAACUUGUCACUGGUGGUGAAGUUGGAGAACAGGACUCAGACUGUCUCAGGAUUGUGCUGAUUGGGAAGACCGGCUGUGGAAAGAGCUCUACAGGAAACACCAUUUUAGGAAGAGACGAGUUUACAGCUGCAUCAAGUCAAAUGUAUGUCACACAAUAUUGUAAGAAGGCAGAGGGUGAGGUGGACGGUCGUCCUGUUGUUGUGGUCGACACUCCUGGUCUGUUUGACACAAGUUUGUCCAAUGAAGAAAUUCAAGAGGAGAUGGUGAAAUGUGUCAGUCUCCUGGCUCCAGGACCGCACGUCUUCCUGUUGGUGAUUCAUAUCGGCAGAUUCACAGCAGAGGAGAAGGAGACACUGAAACUCAUCAAGCAAUUCUUUGGGAAGAACUCAGAAAAGUUCACCAUCAUCCUUUUUACCAGAGGAGACGAUCUGGAACGUAUGGGAGAGUCUAUUGAUGAUUACAUCAAGAACAAAUGUCACAGUUCCUUUAAGAAACUGAUCUCUGACUGUGGAGGAAGAUACCAUGUGUUCAAUAAUUCUGAGAAACAAAACCGCACACAAGUCAGUGAGCUGAUAGCAAAGCUUGACAUCAUGGUGAAGGACAAUGGAAGACGCUUCACCAAUAAGAUGCUGAGGAACCUGAAGGAGAAGGAAGAAGAGAUGCAGAAGGAAAAGGAAGAGAUCGAAAGAAAGCAUAAGCAAGAAAUGAAAGCAAUGAAAAAAAGAAUGGCAGAAGAGAGAGAAAAAUCAGAAAAUGAGAGAAAACAGAAAGCUGAAGAACUCAAGGAAAUGAAGAACAAAAUUAAGGAAGAACAAGAGAAGAAAAAAAAAGAAGAAGAAAUGAGAGAAAAGGAGGAAAAGGAAAAGGACACUGGAGAAGAAAGAUAUCGACAACAAUUCAAAGAAGAACUUGAAAAGUUGGACAGACAAAUUCAUUUGGAAAAAGAGGCAAAGGAAAGUGUCGACAGACAUCUGGAAGAGACCAGAGAAGAGAUGCAACGAAAACAAGAACUUUAUUUGAUAGAUGCAAUGAAGAAAGGACAGAGACAGAGGGGCAGACAUGUGGCAAAGGGCCACGGGUUGGACAAGAACCCAGGCCGGCUGCUCUCAGCCGUUUGGUACAUGGUUGCCCUCAAAGCCAAACCAGUGCCUGAGAUUCUGUCGUGUUAUGUCAUCCAAAACAAAGAUGACGGUUGA